GGGGGCGAGUGGCACACAGAGACACCGAGCGUGCAUGUGAGUGACACUGUGCUCACCAUCACCGUCUCCCCCCUGCAGCCUCUCUCAGUCUCUCCAUCCUCCUCCUGAAGAGAGACGGAGGAAAUCACGCAAACAGAAAAAUAAAAGAGGAGAUAAAUUAUUACAUUCCUUUCUUUGAUGAUUUUUUUUUUUUUUUUUUUUUUUUUUAAACCAAGCUACUAGGGUCAACAGAAAAGAGACAGUGAGACAUAGAAGUAAAGCUCAUCUUGACGUUGGCAUCGUCCCACUGAGAGCUUUUUUCCAGGUAACAAGAUCAAGAGUCGUGCUCAGUGUGCACAGCCUGAGGAGGAGAGAGGAUGCUGAACAAUAUGACGGACUGCGAGGAGGCUGAGGGGGGACCCAACAUCCAGGGUGAUGGAAACCCAAAGGAGAGCAGUCCUUUCAUCAACAGCACCGCGGCCAGUGAUGUGGAGAAGAGCCAACAGUAUGAUGGGAAGAACAUGGCUCUAUUUGAGGAGGAGAUGGAUACCAGUCCAAUGGUCUCCUCUCUGCUCAGCAGUCUGGCCAACUAUUCCAACCUGCCGACAGGAAGCAAAGAGCACGAAGAGGAAGAGAAUAAUGAGGAGGGAGCACGACCGACCAAAAAGCCUGUGAAGGCGCCUCAGCUGGGUACUCUGAUGGGAGUGUAUUUACCGUGUAUCCAGAAUAUUUUUGGGGUGAUCCUCUUCUUGAGGAUGACCUGGAUGGUGGGAAUUGGCGGUGUUUUUGGCUCCUUCAUAAUCGUCUUUAUGUGUUGUUCCACGACCAUGCUCACGGCCAUCUCCAUGAGUGCCAUAGCCACCAAUGGAGUUGUACCAGCCGGAGGGUCAUAUUACAUGAUCUCACGCUCUUUGGGACCCGAGUUUGGUGGAGCUGUUGGGAUCUGCUUCUACCUGGGCACCACAUUUGCAGGUGCCAUGUAUAUACUUGGAUGUAUUGAAAUUUUACUGAUUUACAUUGUUCCUCAGGCAGCUAUCUUCAAACUCGAAGGCCUGGAGGGGCCGGAGGCGGAGGCUGCGCUCCUCAACAACAUGCGUGUCUAUGGCACCAUGGUACUGAGCCUCAUGGCACUGGUGGUGUUUGUCGGAGUCAAAUAUGUCAAUAAGUUGGCGCUGGUCUUCCUUGCUUGUGUCAUCCUCUCCAUCGUGGCUGUUUAUGCUGGAGUCAUCAAGACAGCCAUCGACCCCCCGGUCUUCCCUGUCUGCCUCCUGGGAAACCGGACUCUUGUCUCUAAAGGUUAUGACAUUUGUGCAAAGUUUAUUGAAAUUGACAAUGAGACCAUCACCACCAAACUGUGGAGGUCCUUCUGUGAUUCCGACUCCCUCAAUGCCACCUGUGAUGAAUAUUUCACCAACAAUAAUGUUACAGAGAUCCAGGGUAUCCCUGGUGUCACGAGUGGCAUCCUAGCAGAAAACCUUUUUGGUAACUACCUUGAAAAAGGAAUGAUCCUGGAGAAGCGUGGGUUUGUAUCUGAGGCUGAUCCAGACAGUUCAACAACCAGCACCAACCGCUACGUCCUGGCUGACAUCACCAGCUUUUUCACUCUGCUGGUGGGGAUUUACUUCCCCUCUGUCACAGGUAUCAUGGCAGGUUCCAACCGCUCUGGGGACCUGCGUGACGCUCAGAAGUCGAUCCCCAUUGGCACCAUUGCAGCCAUUACCACAACCUCCACUGUCUACAUGUCCUGUGUGGUGCUGUUUGGAGCCUGUAUAGAAGGGGUAGUCCUUAGAGACAAGUUUGGUGAAGGCGUCAACGGUAACCUAGUGAUUGGUACUUUGGCAUGGCCGUCUCCAUGGGUCAUUGUGUUUGGAUCCUUUUUUUCAACCUGUGGUGCAGGUCUGCAGAGUCUGACUGGAGCUCCACGUCUCCUACAGGCCAUUUCUAGAGACGGCAUCAUUCCAUUUCUCAGAGUGUUUGGGCAUGGCAAAGCGAAUGGAGAACCCACCUGGGCCCUUCUCCUCACAGCUAGCAUCUGUGAGAUUGGUAUCAUCAUCGCCUCCCUGGAUUCAGUGGCACCCAUCCUCUCCAUGUUCUUUUUGAUGUGCUACAUGUUUGUGAAUCUCGCUUGUGCCCUGCAGACUUUACUGAGGACACCAAACUGGAGGCCACGCUUCAAGUUUUAUCACUGGGCUCUGUCGUUCCUGGGGAUGAGUCUGUGCCUGUCGCUUAUGUUCAUCUGCUCCUGGUAUUACGCCAUCGUCGCCAUGGGCAUCGCCACCUGCAUCUACAAAUACAUUGAAUUCUGUGGAGCUGAGAAGGAGUGGGGUGAUGGGAUUCGAGGGAUCUCUCUCAGUGCCGCCCGCUUUGCUCUCAUGAGGCUGGAGGAAGGACCCCCGCACACCAAGAACUGGAGACCUCAGAUCCUGGUUCUGGUGAGUAUGGACGCUGAGCAGAACGUAGAGCAGCCGCGUCUGCUGUCUCUGACCAAUCAGCUGAAAGCAGGGAAAGGUUUGACCAUCGUUGGCACCUCUGUUCAUGGAACCUUCCUUGAUAAUUACAAUGAGUCCCAGAAGGCAGAUCAGUCUUUACGUAAGCUGAUGGAGACAGAGAAGGUGAAAGGCUUCUCACAGGUGGUCAUCUCCUCCAAUCUGAGAGAUGGGACCUCCCACCUUAUCCAGGUAGGAGGUCUGGGAGGUCUGAAACACAACACAGUGAUGGUCAGCUGGCCCCGAAACUGGAAACAGCCAGAGUACCACCAGCAGUUUAGAAACUUUAUCGAGAUAGUAAGGGAGACGACCAUCGCCAGUCUGGCUUUAUUGGUUCCUAAGAACAUCUCUAGCUACCCAUCAAAUGGAGAGCGAUUUACUGAAGGUCAUAUAGAUGUGUGGUGGAUUGUCCAUGAUGGAGGCAUGCUGAUGCUCCUGCCCUUCCUGCUGCGACAGCAUAAGGUCUGGAGGAAGUGCAAGAUACGCAUUUUCACUGUGGCUCAGAUGGAUGACAAUAGCAUCCAAAUGAAGAAAGACCUCAUCACCUUCCUGUAUCACCUUCGAAUCAGUGCUGAGGUGGAAGUGGUGGAGAUGCUUGACAGUGACAUCUCAGCCUACACAUACGAGAAGACACUGAUAAUGGAGCAGCGUUCACAGAUCAUCAAACAGAUGCAUCUGACCAAGAACGAGAUGGAGAGAGAGAUCCAGAGCAUUACAGAUUCAUCCCGUGGGUCCAUUCGGCGUAAACACCCACCUGCUUUGCGCUCUCAGCACAGCACAGAGGAGGCAGUCACUGUGGCAGAAAAACUGGAAGAAGAGUCUGUGGCUGUCUCCAACCCAACACAGGUCCAGCUGAUCCACAGUAAGAUCACCUCCACGCCCACCAGCCCCACGUCCCCUUCUGCACCAGCAGGGGGUGCUGCUGCUUGGACAGACAACAAGGAUGCAGCGAAGGGCAGAACCCUGGCACCAGGGACCUCAGAGGCGGGCAAAGACCUCUUCAACAUGAAACCGGAGUGGGAAAAUUUGAACCAGACAGAUGUGAGGCGCAUGCACACAGCACUGAGGCUCAAUGAGGUCAUCACAAAGAAGUCAAAGGAGGCAAAGCUUGUCCUGCUCAACAUGCCAGGGCCGCCCAGGAACCGUGUGGGAGAUGAAAACUACAUGGAGUUCCUUGAGGUGCUCACUGAAGGCCUCAAUCGGGUCCUCCUUGUUCGAGGAGGGGGUCGUGAGGUCAUCACCAUCUACUCCUGAGGGAUGUUUAAAGGAGAACCGUUUGUUUCAUGUAGACAGACUCUGCCUUCUCUGCCUUUUCAGAGGGUCAUUGCUCCAGGAAAGUGCUCCCUUUCUCCUCCUGUCACCAGAUGUUGUAAACUACUCAACCUGUAAUCUACUCAUCCGGGCCUAUAUGUGUCUGUUUAGCUUAAAGAGAACUUAGAUAAUGAUUCAGCAGUCACCUUUCUGUCCUCAUCCUGUCAGCUGAUAGCACACACACGUAUUUAUGGCUAGCACUGAUAGCACAGUUGGAAAAACACUUAUUUAGUCCUGAUAAAUUGAACCAAUUGUGAUUUUUUUUUUUCUGUUCCUACAAAUAUGAUAAAUUGUACAGUACACUUUGUUCAUUUUUUUCCUUUUUCUGAUUAUUUCUGAUCUUAUUUAUAUAUUUAUACCUCCACUUACCUCUAUCUUUGUCUGUGAUUUUUGUAUUUUAUCUUUAGUGGUUUAGUUGGAAGCAAACAGGCAGGUAUAAAAUAUGUGUUCAGUGAAUUCAUGCUCAUCCAUCCAGACACUGUUAAAUAAAUCAGAUUAAAUCAGAAAGCUUUAUUGCUGCAGCUGAUCCCCUCUAAACACCCGCUGUGAAAACCGAUACAUUACAGUGGUGUCAUUGUUUUAUCGCAGGGAUUUAUCUGCGUGUUUGUUGGUAUCACUCUCUUGUCACAAUGCAAUUAAAAAAAGAAAAAGAAAAGGAUUUGACAGUGAUUCAGAUUAAUCUUAAACCCCUAUGCCGCAGUACUGAGUUUAACAGAGACCACUUUGUUAAAUGCUGCAUAUUCACCAUUUAUUUGAUAAGUAUAACUGCAGAGUCCAGGAGUUACAUCACCAUGUUUACCAGUGAAACCCAAUGAGAUACUAAAUGCAUUUGCUCUGCUAAUUAAUAACAGCACACUUGGAUCUCUUCUGUGUUCA